GAACGACAGGGGCGAGCGGGAGUGUGUCUGUCAGCGGACUGGACUCAGAUCAGCUCAGCGGUGUUGUGCCACCAUGGCGACAGAUAUUGUUGCGCAGUUGGCCGACUCUCUGGCCAAAACCGGAGUCGAGGAUGGUGAGCUGAGUUACAAAGGCCAGGGGAGAAAGCUGGAUGACGCCCAGUCAGUGGCGGAGAUAGUGAGGGAGAUUCAGGACUUCGAGGGUUUACAUGCUCUGAGGUUGGAAGGAAACACUGUCGGCGUGGAAGCAGCACAAGCCAUCGCCAAGGCCCUGGAGACCAAGAGCGAGUUCAAGCGCUGCUAUUGGAGCGACAUGUUCACAGGUCGCCUGCGCUCUGAGAUCCCACCUGCCCUGAAUGCGCUGGGGGAUGCUGUAAUGCUGGCAGGUGCCAGGCUUACCGUUAUAGACCUCAGCGACAAUGCCUUUGGACCAGAUGGGGUGAGGGGCAUUGAGAAGCUGCUCGAGAGUACUGCCUGCUACACAUUGGAGGAACUCCGGCUCAACAACUGUGGCAUGGGCAUCGGAGGUGGCAAGAUCUUGGCCGCUUCAUUGAUCCAGUGCCAUAAAAAAUCCAGCGCAGACGGCAGCCCUCUCAGCCUGAAGGUGUUUAUUGCAGGAAGGAACCGACUGGAAAAUGAUGGAGCCACUGCGCUUGCUCAAGCUUUCCAGCUGAUGGGCAGCCUGGAGGAGGUUCACAUGCCCCAGAAUGGCAUCAAUCACCCUGGAGUGACGGCUCUGGCCUCCGCCAUGCAGCACAACGCUGAACUCCGAACGCUCAACCUCAAUGACAACACCUUCACUGAGAAGGGGGCUAUCGCCAUGGCUCAGGCCCUGAAACAUCUGCGUAACAUCCAGGUGAUCAACUUUGGGGACUGUCUGGUACGCCCGGCAGGAGCCAAAGCGAUUGCAGAAAGUGUAUCAGAGGGGCUACCGAUCCUCAAGGAACUUAACCUGUCGUAUGGUGAGAUCACAGAGGAAGCUGCUCUGGCCGUGGCGCAGGCUGUGAAAGGCAAGAACCAGCUGGAGAAACUGGAUCUAAAUGGUAACUGCCUCGGAGAGGACGGCUGCAAAGCUUUGAAAGAAACGCUGGAAGGCAUGAACAUGGCCGAGCUUCUAGGAUCACUCAGUGACGAUGACGGUGAGCCAGAUGACGACGAUGACGACGAGGACGAUGAUGACGAGGAAGAAGACGACGAAGAUGAGGAGGACGUGGAUGAGGAGGAAAUAGAAGAAGAAGAGGAGGAGGAGGAAGAGGAGGAAGAAGACGAAAGCAACGGCAACAAGCUGUCCACUCCUGUAUCGGCAGCCCGGCCGGCAGACGUCUCUUCCUUCCUCAGCUUUCCGUCGCCCGACAAGCUGCUCAAACUGGGGGCCAAGAGAGCGCUGCUGAUGGAGCAGCAGGUGGAUGUGUCAGACGCUACAAAAACAGCCGAAGCCUUCCUCAAGAUCACAUCGGUGUACAAGGAAGAGAAUAACGACGUUAAGAACGCAGUGCUGGAGACUAUCGAUGCCGUUCUGAAGAAAGCAUUCGGCACUCCUUCCUUCCAAGGCUACAGCUUUGUUUCUUCUCUGUUGGUGCUGCUCGGACUUAUUAAGAGCGAGGACAAGGUCAAGCCGGUGCUGGUGGUUCCCGGCCACCUCCACGCCUUGGAGCACGUUGUCCGACAGGACUACUUCCCCAAAGAGAGCGCGGCCGUGCUGGAAGCCUUCAUGUCCCGGAACAACAAGGCCCUGGAAUUAUGUGGCAACGCCAGAAAUAACCUCCAGUCAACACUGCAGAGAAUCCGAUCUGAGAGCUGAGGGCUGCACACACAGACUGAACUUUGACAGAACACUGACGGACCUUUUGGAAAGCAGCACACGACAUCUGAAGCAGGUCAAACAGAGCAGCACUCGAGCAGAACUGUCCUCACUCAGGCUCACUGGGCUGUGUCACUGCUGUUCAUCACAACUACAACAAGAUCCGUUUCUCUGGACUCCACUUGAAUGCUUUGUGGUUGAAGUAGGAUAUGCUCUGACGGUGUGAAGCCUUUUAUGUACAUCCACAUAAUCCCAGGACAGCACCGUCACCCUGCCUGCCUCUGUUCUGGUGGAUAAGAAAAGACGUCACUCUUACUGAGGUCUCCUGGUUGGAGUCGCCUGACUGCCCGAAGCACACAUUACACUCGGGUGCAAACUAGAAAAGCUCUAAGCAGGAAUACCCUGGACUUGAAACCGUUAGCCGUUGUGCUUUUUCUAUUUAAUAUCUACCUUUACUAUUCUCUUGUUUUAUAUUGAAUGUUUAAGAAAUUCACAAAUCUGGUCAAAUGUUAUUAAAAUAUCUAUGACUGACGAAUACGACCAAAAUGAGAACAAUCAAAAGGGAUUGAAUGAACUGAAAUGAAUUCUCUGCUUUUAAGCCACAGGUUACCAGAGUUUUUGGAUUUGUGUUGCAAAAAUAAAGUUCAUUUGAGUGUUG